GUCCACUCUCAGCAAGCUCGAGGCAAAGGUAGAGAGCCUUGCCACAGCCAUGCUGGGCCCAGAGAACGUAUCAGGGGGUAUGUCGGGUGCAUUUGGGACCACCCCGGCAGGCCUCGCAGAUCUCGCUGCUGCAACGUUCGCCGGCAAGUCACUGACCGAUGAGAUCAAGUCUGUCGAGGACAAAUGGCACCUUCUCCCCGCUUUCCUCGCCGUCAAGGGGCUUGUGAAGCAACACAUCGACUCUUACAACCAUCUCGUUGAUGUCGAGCUCCGCGCCAUCGUCCUCUCAGAGGCUAACCGACGGGUGGUCUCUGACGUUGAUCCCAAUUGGUUCCUCGAGUACACCGAUAUCUAUGUUGGCUCGCCCGAGCGACUGCAGAUGAACGGCCUCAUACACAAGCCACUGACACCCCAAGAAUGUCGUCUAAGAGAUAUGACUUACGCUGCCCCAAUCUAUGUCGACGUCAUCUACGCAAAGGGCUCCCGCAAUGUCGUCAGCAAGAAGCAGCUCAUUGGCCGCAUACCUGUCAUGCUUCGAUCUAACAAAUGUGUCCUCUGGGACAAGGAUCCGGAGCAGAUGCAGAGCCUCACAGAAUGCCCUCUCGAUCCGGGGGGCUACUUUGUCGUCAAAGGCACCGAAAAGGUUAUUCUUGUCCAAGAACAGCUCAGCAAGAAUCGCGUCCUCGUCGAGAACGAUGGCCGCGGUCCUUCGAAGGGUAUCAUCGCCAGUGUCACUUCCUCGACUCUCGAGCGCAAGUCAAAGACAUAUGUUGCCGAGAAGAGCAAGAAGAUCGUGCUCCGUCAUAAUUCGCUGCACGAAGAUGUCCCGAUCGUCAUUGCUCUCAAAGCCCUGGGCAUUGUCGGCGACCAUGAGAUCAUGCUGCUCGUCUGUGGCACCAGUCCGGAAUUGCGCGAACGUUUUGCUAUCAAUUUCGAGGAUUCCACUCGCCUAGGCAUCUACACCCGCACGCAAGCCCUCGAGUACGUCGGUCAUCGCGUCAAACUCUCGAAGCGUGUUGCCCCAGGCGGCAAUAACUUUGUGCGACGUCCCGUCGCAGAAGAAGCGCUCGAGCUCUUAGCCACUCUCGUGCUGGCUCACGUGCCUGUCGAAAAUCUCAACUUUCGGCCUAAAGCGAUAUACAUGGCCCUCAUGAUCCGGCGUGUCCUUGCCGCUAUGCUCGAUCCUACGAUGACGGACGAUCGCGAUUAUGUGGGCAACAAACGCCUUGAGCUUGCCGGUCAAUUACUCUCGUUGCUGUUUGAAGAUCUUUUCAAACUUUUCAAUAGGGACUUCAAAACCAAUGUCGACAAGAUGCUCAAAAAGCCUUCCCGCACAAAUGAAUUUGACGGGCUCAAGGUGCUGAGCAUGCAGACUGGCUCGAUCACCGAUGGCUUUGUACGAGCGAUCGCGACCGGCAACUGGUCACUCAAGCGAUUUAGAAUGGAGCGCGCCGGCAUCACCCACGUCUUGUCCCGGCUGAGUUACAUUUCUGCUCUUGGCAUGAUGACUCGUAUCACUUCCCAGUUCGAGAAGACGCGCAAGGUCAGCGGCCCUCGUGCACUACAAGCGAGCCAGUGGGGCAUGCUUUGUCCCUCCGACACGCCUGAAGGCGAAGCCUGUGGUCUCGUCAAGAACCUGGCUCUUAUGACACACAUCACUACCGACGUCGAGGAGACGAGUCUUUGGCGACUCGCGUACGUCCUGGGCUUGGAGGAUGUCUGCAAUGUUACGGGUACUGAGCUCUAUGCUCCCGGCACUUUCGUCGUCUACCUGAACGGCGUAUUGCUCGGUCUCACGCAGGAGCCACGGGUCUUCACGCAGCGAUUCCGCGCUUUCCGACGAGCCGGUGAGAUCUCCGAAUUCGUCAGCAUCUACAUCAACACACAACAGGCAGCGAUACAUAUCGCCAGCGAUGGCGGACGAAUCUGUCGGCCCAUGAUCAUCGUCGAUCGCGGUCGGCCUCGGGUCACGGACGCGCAUAUCGCUGCACUUAGAGCAAGCAUGAAGACAUUUGACGAUUUCCUGAAGGAAGGUCUAAUCGAAUAUCUCGAUGUCAACGAAGAAAAUGAUGCGCAUAUCGCACUCUACGAGCGAGACAUCAAGAAAUUCACUACGCAUCUCGAGAUCGAGCCUUUCACGCUUUUGGGUGCUGUGGCUGGACUCAUUCCUUUCCCACAUCACAACCAAUCGCCAAGGAACACCUAUCAGUGCGCGAUGGGCAAGCAGGCUAUUGGCGCUAUUGCGUACAAUCAGCUUGCUCGUAUAGAUACGCUCCUCUAUCUAAUGGUUUAUCCCCAAAGGCCGCUGGUGACGACAAAGACGAUCGAGCUCGUCAAAUACGAUCAGCUGCCUGCAGGUCAAAACGCGAUGGUUGCGGUCAUGAGCUUCAGCGGCUAUGAUAUCGAGGACGCACUCAUUCUCAAUCGUGCUAGCGUCGAUCGUGGAUUUGGGCGGUGUCAAGUAUUCCGCAAGUACUCGACUUACAUCAAGCAAUACCCAAACAACACGCACGAUCGCUUGGCCGACCCUCCCCCGCCAGAUAGCGAUCGUCACAGGAAGUACAAAGUCGACGCCGACGGUCUGCCAGCUGUCGGCGAUCGUGUCAAGGAAGGCGACAUAUAUGUCAACAAACAGACGCCCAGCAAUGCUACCGACAACUCGAGCACUGCAUCUUCGAUGCCAUCGCAUUGGCGAGAUGCAGUCAUGACUUAUCGAGCCAAUAUGAACGGACAUAUCGACAAGGUCAUGCUUUCGGACAUGGAGAAUGGCACUCAACUUGUUAAGAUCCUAAUGCGACAAACGCGUAGACCUGAACUUGGCGACAAAUUUUCUUCGCGACAUGGUCAGAAGGGCGUUUGCGGCCUGAUCGUGCCACAAGAAGACAUGCCUUUCACAGAUCAAGGUAUAUGUCCAGACAUCAUCAUGAAUCCCCAUGGCUUUCCUUCGCGUAUGACGGUGGGCAAAAUGCUCGAGCUGCUCUCCGGCAAGGCCGGCAUCCUUGGCGGCAAAUUUGAGUACGGAACAGCUUUCGGCGGUUCAAAGGCAGAAGAUAUGUCUCGAGCUCUGAUUCAGGCCGGCUACAGCUACGCCGGCAAGGAUUACCUCACGUCAGGUAUCACCGGCCAGGCUCUGGAGUCCUACGUCUUCUUCGGUCCGAUAUUCUAUCAGAAGCUCAAGCAUAUGGUCAUCGACAAGAUGCAUGCUCGUUCUCGCGGUCCUCGCGCGACCUUGACUCGUCAGCCCACCGAAGGACGAUCCCGCGAUGGUGGAUUGCGCCUCGGUGAGAUGGAGCGAGACUGUCUGAUUGCGCACGGCGCUAGUCACCUGCUUUUGGAGCGAUUGAUGCUCAGCUCCGACGCUUUCGAAGUUGAUGUCUGCCAGAGCUGUGGCUUUAUGGGUUACAACGGAUGGUGCGCUCACUGUAAGAGCGGCGACAAAGUCGUCAAGCUUAUGCUGCCAUAUGCUAGCAAAUUGCUCUUCCAAGAAUUGCUGGCGAUGAAUAUCGCACCGCGCCUGGUGCUGGAAGACACAUUUUAGACACGAAUUUGCAUUGGUUGCAACUGUUGUUGGUACUAUCGCAUGCAAUGUGCCGUCUAUUGUACGUCGAUCUCACUCGAGGUCCUUUGCGC